AUCUUACCCUUCAAGUUUAGAUCCCUUGGCAUCGAACACCGGGUUUAGAGGCGUCUGGGGAUCUUCUCGGGGAGAGGUAGCAGAAUGCUUCAAGAACCUUCCGAAAAGGAAAUAGAAGUGGAUACCAAAUAUUAGUAAAUACUAAUUUCCAGUUGUGGUGAAUCCUUGUGAACGGUGGACCCAUUCGAGACCUGAGAGAGGAGGGCGGAAAGCGUCCUCUUUUUUUCCCCCUUCUUCUCUCGUCUUGCGUUCGAACUUGGAAGGCGAAGGCAUCGAGAAGAGAGAGCAGAGGGAGGGCAAGAUGCCGGGGAGCCAAGAUCAACGGUCGAGAUCGUCGAGGGCGGCGACCAUCCACGGCUGUGCGCAGUCGGGGGACCUCCUCGGCCUCCAGAGGAGGCUCCAGGAGAACCCGUCGCUUCUCAACGCCAGAAACGCCGUCAUGUCGCAAACACCACUCCAUGUAGCUUCUGGGUAUAAUAACACUAGCAUCGUAAAGUUCCUGCUUGAGUGGCAGGGUCCAGAGAAGGUUGAGCUGGAGGCAAAGAAUAUGUAUGGUGAAACACCUUUGCACAUGGCAGCAAAAAAUGGCAGCAGUGAAUCGGCACGUCUUCUUCUUGUUCAUGGUGCCUUUCUGGAGGCCAAAGCCAAUAAUGGGAUGACCCCGCUACAUUUGGCUGUUUGGCACGCACUUCGAGCAGAGGAUUGCAUCACUGUUAGCACUUUGCUAGAGUAUAAUGCCGAUUGUAGUGUCAAAGAUAAUGAGGGCAUGACCCCGAUGGAUCAUCUCUCAGAAAAUGCUGGAAAUGAGAAAUUGCGGAAACUUCUCACUCAGCACAUAGAAGAGCAAAGAAAGCGCAAGGCCCUGGAGUCUUGCAGCGAAGCAAAAGCAAAAAUGAUGGAGUUUGAAGCAGCCAUUUCAAACAUCGUGGGAUUGCACGAGCUCAAAAUGCAGUUGCAGAGAUGGGCAAAGGGAAUGCUUUUUGAUGAAAAGCGAAGAGCCCUGGGCUUAAGUAUCGCUGCUAGAAAGCCUCCCCAUAUGGCUUUUCUUGGUAAUCCAGGAACAGGUAAAACGAUGGUUGCUCGAGUCUUGGGCAAACUUCUCCAUAUGGUGGGCAUUUUGCCUACUGAUAAAGUAACUGAAGUGCAACGGACUGAUCUUGUUGGAGAAUUCGUGGGGCAUACUGGACCAAAGACAAGACGAAAGAUACAAGAAGCAGAGGGAGGAAUUCUCUUUGUAGAUGAAGCAUAUAGGUUGAUACCAAUGCAGAAAGCAGAUGACAAGGACUAUGGUUUAGAGGCCUUGGAAGAGAUUAUGUCAGUAAUGGAUAGUGGGAAGGUAGUUGUGAUAUUUGCUGGAUAUUGUGAGCCAAUGAAGCGUGUUAUUGCAUCAAAUGAAGGUUUUUGUCGGAGGGUGACGAAGUUCUUUUACUUCAGUAACUUUAGUACAACUGAACUUGCCCAAAUUUUACAUUUAAAAAUGAAUAAUCAAGAUCAAGGUAGUGUACUGUAUGGAUUCAAGCUGCACCCGUCUUGUACAGUGGAGGCUGUUGCAGAAUUAAUUAACAGAGAGACCACAGAGAAACAGAGGAAAGAGAUGAAUGGAGGUUUAAUAGAUCCACUACUAGCGAAUGCUCGUGAGAAUUUGGAUCUUCGUCUUGAUUUUGACUGCACUGAUGCUGAUAGUUUGGUUACAAUCACUAUGGAAGAUUUGGAAGCAGGACUUGGGCUACUUUCGCAGUGA